AUGCCAAGUGAGGUGGAGAACAUCACUCACCUUGACUUGCGUGGCAACCGGCUCAAUGCUGCAUUUGGUUGGAAACUGAUCAAGGCCAUGAAGAAGAAAUACCUGAACCUGGAGUUCUGUAACGGCAUUCCGCUUCGGGCCUUGAAGAUGAACACCAUCGAGGUCCUGGACCUGUCGGGAUCGACAGGACGUUGUGGAAAGGUCGCCCUGUGCGAGCCACAUCGGCAUGUCGCGAGCUCGGACACGGAGUUCACCUCAGCAUGGCCAUGGCAAGAGGAUUCCAAGGAAGCCGCCAUGGAAUUUGCCAAUCGUGGUAUGUACGGUAUUGAGGUGGUGGGUGCCAUUUUCUUGGCACAUUUUUUGCGGCUGAACACCUCUUUGACCACGUUCAACUUCAGGCUGAACCAUGUGGAGAAGGAUGGUGCCAAGGCCUUAGCACAAAGUUUGCUGGGCAACGCGCAGACAGUCUUGCAGACGGUCAACACUAUGGGUCCGACUAAGAUGAAGCCGGGUAUUGACUUUGGCCACUUUAAGACCGGCCACUUGACCACGGUCGAUCUCUCGAAGCGUGGCUUGGAUGACGACGAUUUCGUUUUCUUAGAGGAAUGGCUUCGAAGAUACGACUGUGUGACUGACUUGAACAUCUCAUGGAAUUUUAUGUCUAGAGAUGGGAUCCGAAAGCUGACGCGGCAUAUCAAGGAGUCGAAGGUCUUGACAAAGCUCAAUUGUGUUGGUCUCCCCGUGACCUUGGAGGGCUCGUCGCUGCUGGCGCGUGCGGUCGUGGAAAAUCACACCCUGCGUCAAGUGGCGUUGCCCUUGGGACACUGCCACGACACCACGGAGAGACAGCAGAUGAUUCAGCAGUUCGGAAUGGGCUUGGCCAGCCACCCCACGCUGCAAAGCUUCGCGUGCACGCGGACGCCCAACUUGGAAUAUCUCGAGCAGUCGACUCCCAGAUUUGCUGCCGGAUCUGAGGCCGGUCUCAAUGACGUCAGAGAGAACAAGGCGCAGUGUAUUCGAGCCUUCCCUCCGGAGCGCAGUGGCGGCUGGCCACGCACACAGGUGGCUGUGUACAUGUGGUUUCUGGCGGCCACCAAGCCUGACUUGGAGAGGUUGACCCUCGGGGGCAGCGGCAAACCGAAGGUCGACUACCCCAAAGAAGUUUGUCAAAGUGCGAACCCAGAUCUGAUCCCCGCAACGUUGGGCGUCUUGCACGACGCAGGCCAUCGGCUGCAACAGGUGUCGAUCGCACUACCUCUGCACUACGCUUCACGUGCCAUGGAACUGCUGAGAGUGUUGACGGUUUGUGUCAGUUUGAGAACUUUGAAACUGUUGGGCUUCGCUUCUGCCACCUUCAAAGAUUCUCAGCUGCCGCCUGAAUGGACGUCCAUCGGCAACGCCUUGCCUCACUUGGAACAGUUCAAUGAUCUGGCCCUGGGCGGGCCCAGCAUGCGCGAGUCGUUGGGGUGCCCAGCGGUGCUGGGUGCCAGGCCUGAGCUCACGUGUUUGCUGCUGAUGCAAUGCGUGGAAGGCGUUGCCACGGAUCUGGCCAAUGGUGCAGGUGGUGGAGAAGCACUGUCAGGGAAGCCCAGGCUGAAGGCCAAUCUGCAAGCAGACGCGGAUGUGGGCUUGAAUGUUGUUGGCCCAUGGUACCGAUUAGCUGAGUCUAUGCACUGUGCCAGUGACAUCAUCAACCCUCCAGUUGGAACUUCCAUCGCCUACCGCCUUGGCCUAGUCGUUGUGUUCUCCAAGUCACUUGACAAUUCCGGCACCGGCGUGAAGUGUUCCGCAGGUGUGAAGUUUUCCUGGCCCGCCCUUGCUGCCUGUGUGGCAGCCUCGGCCACCUCAGCCACCCAACAGCAACGACCACGGUCCCGACGACACAGAUGUUUGCGGGCGCUGACUGAGAGAGAUACGGUGAAGAUGGACGGUUUCCCUGAUGAGCUCUUCUAUUUGGUGCCACGAAUCGGAGUGUACCACGUUGACGAUGCCUUUCGUGCGCAACUGACCGAGCUAUAUCGGCAGCUGAUUCCUUCCGGCAACGUGUUGGAUCUGUGCUCCCAACACGAUUCGCAUUUGCCCAGCGAGGGCGACUACACCUUGACAGUGCAUGGCAUGAACCAAUUGGAAUUGAUGGCCAACACACGCGCCAAAGAUCGCUUCACCCGAAACUUCAACGAGGAUCCCAGUCUUAGAGAACUGCCCCCAGCAUUCUUUGAUGCUGUGGUCAUGGCUGUGUCCAUUCAAUACAUGCAACGCCCGGUGGAUCUCUUGAGCGAAGCCUUUCGCGUCUUGAAACCUGGUGGUGUUUUGAUCGUCAGCUUCUCCAACCGGAUGUUCUUUACGAAGGCGAUUGAGGUCUGGCGAUCCCAGCGGAAUAUGAAGGGUUUGGUGAAUUUGGUGCUCAACUAUUUCAGAGAAUCUGGAUUUCAAGAUGUGCGAGCUGCCAAUAGGGUCCAGACCGAUGACCAAACAGGAUGGCCAUCCGGUGAUCCCUUUGCUGCCGUGGUGGGUGUCAAGGAAAACAAUGCAGGUCAGAUUUGGGAGCGCGCGAAUGGCAUCUCUUGGCUUGAAAUGAAUGAAGCUGGAGUCAAAGCUCAACAGGCCAAGUUGCUGCCACACCUCAGCGGCCAUGGGGAUGGUGUGCCUCGGUUUACGCAUGCCAUCUCAUUGAGGAACAAUGUGGUCAGUGAAGCAUUGCUCCAGGGCGUAGACUGCCAUGCACCACUUCGCCAGUUUGGCUUUGAGAAUAUCUCAGCCGUUCUCCCAUCUCUCUUCACGGCGAUGUGCGGUCGAGAAAAGCCACUCCCGGUAGAGCGCAUCCGGGUAGAACCGAAGUGGGUCACCUCGCGCUAUGCGCGGAAGCGCUUCAAGAAACGGCCUCAGAGCUGGUUGGAUGGCAUUCAGGCGGCGAUGAUUCGCUCGGAACGAUUUGUGGAGAUUGUGAGCGCCGGAACUUCUGUUCCACGGAGUGCCAUUGAGCGCAUGUCACCCAAGGACUUCGCGGAUGCGUUGACGGGUGUUGCCUUGGAAGAGCCCUUUCCGGUGGAGGCGGAGAAGCUGCACCCUCCACAUAUGCAGUACCUUUGUUUUCCAAGUCGCAGGGCCUUCCAAAAUCCACCAGAAGAUCCUACGCAGAAUCUCUAUGUGCCACUACCCUUGGACGAGGAGACGCGGAACGAGUUGCAGCUCCAAAAGUUGUCGUUUGUCAUGUGCAACUUGCGGCAGCAGCUGCAGCUUCAGGCGCGGCCCGAUGAAUGGCCCGAUAGUUCCAAACCCUUGUGGUGCGGCAAAGGAAGUGAAUUGCGCUUCGUUCGACCUGGGGAUGAGAUGGACGCUGUCAUGGAAGCGGAACACCUGCGCGACGAUGAAUCUGCACCAGUGCGCUUUCAUUGGCGUCCGGAUUUACGACUGGGAAGUCCGGCGGCGUGCGCGAUGAUCGCGGAGGAUCUCUUACCCGACGAACCCAGCUUCGCUGACAACUUUCUUCAUGAGGUGUUGAAGAGCCGGGAACCUGAGAAUGACAUGGUUUUUGGGGUCAUGGUGGUGCCCAAAUGCUUGUUACACGAGGACAGCACCAUCCAAGAGUUGGACCUGCGUGGCAACGGACUCACCAAAGACGAUGUGACUCUUGGCGAGUUUUUGGGGGGGAUGUCCUGGGAUCAACCAGUUGAUGGUUGCAAUAACUAUAGGUUAUAA